UAAUACAGUGGAGCAAGAUGCAACAAAAUCAAAACAAGUGGGACUCAAGAGAGAGCUGGGACUUUUCUCAGCUAUCAACUUGAUUCUAGCUGUCAUGAUCGGCUCUGGAAUAUUCGUAUCACCAGCAUCAGCCUUAAAAUACAGCGGAUCAGUGGGAAUGUGCAUAGUAGUAUGGACAGUAUGCGGCAUUGUUUCUUUAUUAGGUGCUUUAGCUUUUGCCGAACUUGGCACAGUGGUUCCACGGUCAGGUGCGGAGUUUGCCUAUUUCAUGGAUUCUUUUGGACCGCUGCACAAAUUUUGGGGUGCGUUGCCUGCGUUCCUGUAUUCCUGGCUCAUGGUGGUGAUAAUACGACCAGCUGAGAUUGCAGUCAUCAUAUUAACUUUUUCGGAGUACCUGUGUCAACCUAUUAUGGAUGCUCUCUCAAUAGAUGAUCCAUAUACAAGUGAAAAAGCAAUAAAAUCAAUAGCAAUCGUAGCUUUAGGUGUUAUGACGUACAUUAACGUAAGAAGUGUCAAACUCUACGUGAUAAUUCAGAAUGUAUUCGGUUCCUUCAAAGUUCUGGCCUGUUUGGUUGUCAUAUUCGGGGGAAUCUAUGAGCUGUGGUGCGGCAGAACGGAGAACCUGUUCAAAGGGUUCGAAGGUACAAGCUUUAGACCGAAAGAUGUCGCUUUAGCUUUUUAUAGCGGGCUGUGGGCUUACGACGGCUGGUGUACAGUAACAGUGGUAACUGAAGAAAUAAAGAGACCAGAAGUGAAUAUUCCCAGGAGCAUAGCUAUUAGUGUUCCCAUCGUUACCUUGCUCUAUGUGUUUAUGAACAUAGCUUACAUGACAGUGCUAUCCAUUCCAGAGAUGGUCGAUGCCAAAGCCGUGGCUGUUACAUUCGGUGAACGAGUAUUAGGACCAUUUUCUUUUAUAAUACCACUGGGUGUAGCUUUAAGUACCUUUGGCUGUGCUCUCAGUGUACAAUUUGGUGUUACAAGGCUAUGUUAUGUUGCUGGGCAAGAUGGAUUCAUGUUGGAGAGUUUCUCCUAUGUCCAUUAUCAAAGACACACUCCCUCUCCCGCUGUAGCAUUUCAAGGACUUGUAGCAUUUUUAUUCAUAAUUAGUGGAGACAUAGUGCAGUUGAUUGAGUUUGCCAGUUUUCUGAUCUGGAUGAGCUACGGAACAGCUAUGGUAUCAUUGUUGAUAUUGAGGAAAACGAAAAAAGAUGUGCCUAGACCUUAUAAGGUGCCUCUCUGGAUUCCAAUUUUCAUACUACUAGUUGCCAUAUAUCUUAGUGUGACACCGAUCCUCACAGAUCCAGAUCCUAUGUACCUGUUUGCACUAUUAUUUACACUCUCAGGAGUACCAAUCUAUUAUUGGUGUAUCUACAAAGGACAAAAACCUACACGAUUGUUAAAUAAGCUGACUUACUUGGUUCAAGUGUUAUUUGAAGUUGUACCUCCGGAUAGCUGAUAAUAUCUUAAUACGCGUAUAUUUCUUGAUAUUAAGUACCAUACCUGCCUGGAUGAUUGUCUGUGUUGAUAUUUUCGUCUACAGAAUAAGAUACUUUUUUUAUUUAUGUAAUUUAAGAGUCAAUUAUUAUAAACUAUGAUGAUGUAGUUA